UUAUGGCCUAGUUUCACAGGCAGGGGUUAGAUUAAGCCAGGAUUACACUUUAGUUAAAUUAGAAUGUUUAAGUAGGCUAGUUUUUUUUUUAAACAUUACUGUGCAUCUUCAUACAAAUCAAUGGCACUGCGCAUUGGCAUAUUUUCAGACAUGUCAGUGCAAGUUGCUUUUAGUUAGGACAGCUCAAACACGCAUUUUAGUCCGGGACUAGGCUUCAAACUGGGCAUAUGUCCUAAAUUUUAUUUUCGUUGUCUUUCUCUCUUUCUGUGCUGUACUCAAUCUCCCAUAAUGCUUUGCGGCAUUGUUAUUGUGUCGCGCGAACAUGGCCGCGCUGUCAGGCAGCUCCUCUGAGUGCUGCACACUCAAAAAGAUCCUAAACAGGUUAAUAUCCACCACAUCUUCCUCCCCAAGAGCGCGAACCCGCUCGGAGCCGCUGUACGUGAUCUCUCUGGAGCGCUACGGCAGAGACGCGGACUUCGCGCUCCGUUUCCCGGACAGCAUUUCCAUGUCAGAGAGUCUGUUCGACGCCACUAUCACGGAUGGAGACUGUAAGAUCCGCGUGUCUCUAGAUCCCGCUGUCAACAGACUCAUCAGCGUCAAUGUGCUCCACUGCGGCUCCGUCAUACGGCAUGUGGAGCUCAGCCGCGGGGAAGACAGCGCGUCUUUUCAUGCGUGCAGUCUGGAGGUGGACAGACUCUCCGGCGGCAAUGCCGCUCUGAGGGCGCUCUCUUCCGUCAAUGUGAGGGCCAUUCCGUGGAUGGGAGCAGAGCCGAGCGCAGGUCCGCUCAGAGCGCGCAGGAGCUCCUAUCUGCCGCUGUGGAAUAAUCACGACUUCAGUGGAGAGAUGUGGCGGGACGCGCCUCCCUCUGAACCCGACGCGGAGGACUCUGAAGAGGAGAUAGAUGAUAUUGGCUCCACUGUUUCCCUCGCAGAAGUACGCAGACAUUUCUUGAGUGGAUCUCGGCGUUACCGGGGGGCUUUGUGUGUGCGGAUCCUUCACAAAUCCAGACUGAUUUAUUACGGGAAAGCAGAUCAGAAAUGUGAAUGUCCUUAUAAGGCAGAGCUGCAGGUUGGUGACGGCUCAUCCAGUGCCUGUGUUGUGCUGUGGAACACAGUCUGUCUGGAAUGGUACCGAAUCCUUCAUCCGGGUCAGGUUGUAAGAUUGUGUCGCUACAGAGUCAAGGAGAGUUACAGCAGCCGCACGGGGCAGGAAUCGGAGCCACACAUUGGUAGAGAGAACAUUAAACUCAUCUAUGUAUGUUGCAGCACAGGGUCUCACCCCGUGAUGCCAUACAGAGGGAUACGGCCCAUCCGGCAGUUUCUCCGCUGGCUGAAGCAGGUGGAUGAGAGCAGUCUGCUGGAAAGAGCUGUGAUUGGAGGAUAUUUCAGAUACCCACCACUUCCUGUUUCAUUGCAUAACUUCAUGGAAAACCGACACGGGGAAGCUGGUCUCAUCAGUGGAGGAGAGAUGAAAUUACAAUGUGAGAAGUUAAUUUAUAGAGAGAAGCAGCAGUUUGCUAUUCAGUGUGUCAUCACUGCAGCCUGCUACCAUCAUAGAGAGGACAGUGGGCGAACACAGUAUUCAGAUAUUCCAUCAGCUCCACUCAGUCCUAGAGUACGACGGCAAAGAGAGGGGUCUGAACCUCACAGGACACCUGUGAAGCGGAAACUUUUCAGCAGUACUAGUCCUAGAAAGAGGCUGGCACCACCUCUGCAACCACUUGCAACGGAGGAUGAUGCGGAGAGAGAUUUUUCCCUGUUUGAUGGCGCCAUGGAGUUUCUAGUCGGAGAACAGGAAGAUGACAGUAAUGAUGAAGAUGAAGACGGAGACUUCUUGACGCCGCCCACUAGUCCCAUGACCGCCCGCCUGGGGCUGACACGUGUUGCCAAUGAAACUUUGCCACGGGUUUUUUGUUAUGAGCGGCGACACGUCCAGGCUGUUGCCGUGGGGCUGCAGGUUAACAACUUUCACAAGCUCCUCCCACAGAGAGAGCUGGAGUCAUUUAGCCCCGCCUCCUGCUACACUGGCUACUUCACUCUGACAAUGAGAGCUCUAUCAGAUGGAGUGAUGCUUGAUGUUCUUUUUCUGCCUGCUGCCCCGGGAAACUUGCACUGGAUGCCCCUCCCCCUUUCGCACAAUAACUCCUGGGAGUCUGUCCUAUCACAUGGAGGCUUUUCACCACAUGCCCCGCCCCCAAGCCCUGCUGACUUGAUCGCCACAGCAAACCAGUUGACCAAUCAAAGACUACUGUGUGUGUUAGAUGCAUGUGCAUUAGGAGGAGAGAAGAUGGAGCUGGUACUAAACCGUGCAUUUCCUUUACGAUGACAGAAACCGUUUGGAGAUGGAA